AUGCAACCUGCCAGCCAGGGUUGCAGUAGUUUGGCAGAAUGCAUAUAAAGCAAUGUGGGACACAAAUGCUAAUAGGACACUGUAUUCCUCAAUUAGAUAAUAGAGUGGAAUAUUAAGUGGUCUUUGUUAAUUUCUUAACCGUAUUCUUGACUAUAGUGGACAUCUAAAAACAGAAUAUAUUCUUGUACAGGCCCUAUGGGUGGCAUGAGCAAUGAUAUCAAGAAUAUUUUAUUGAAAUCUGUAUGUAGCAUGAUGGAUUAAUAAUAAUCACAAUACAUACAAGGCAACCUGAUACAAAAGUAAUGUUCCCAGACAACUCUGUUUCUCCAAAAUCAGAAUAAGAAUGUAUCCUGUGAUGUGUUUUAUGUGCUUCAAGUUCAUCUGUUUACACGUAUACGUUCUUUGUGUGGGUCUAGCUGGUAUUCAGCAAGAAUUUCACAGGGUUAUCUUUAUACUGAAGGACAAACAGAGGGAGGUGACAGUGUAUGUUAAACAAGACGGUGCUAAAGUUUGUGCGUCACUUACUAAGCAACUUGAGGGACAGCAACCCUGGGAGAAGGUUUAUUACUAUGGCCCUGGUGCAUGCUGUCAAUACCGCAGGUGCUUUUGCUUUUUCCUUGGGCCUAAACAGACCAUCUGCCCUCUUUCAAGGCCAAAGUCAGGCAGCUGCUAGCCGAUGACAGAACAUGUCUCACUGACACAUCGCUGUUUCCUUAGCCUUCUCACUUAAGCACAAAGAUAGUCCUGUGACAUUCCUAUGAUGAUUGUGAGUGCCUGUCUUUGAUUGAGAACAAUCAUUGGCUAUCUCCUAGACAUCUGUUGUUGCAGUGUUGAGGAUACGUGUCAGGUGUAGUGCAGCAUAUCACUUGAGGACCAGGUGUAAGUUCACUUCUAAGGUUACCAUUUGAGCAGUAUCUAAAAUCUCUGUUGCUGAUUUCAUAAUCCAAUAAGAGAAUAUAGAGGAAAUAUGCAGUCAUAAAACAGUCAAAGGCCUUUCAGAUUGUGCCAUUUUAUUUUGUUUUCUUUUUCCAGACAUUCAAAUGUAAUUUUGUGGAACAACAUAACUGACCUGACCAGAGGUCACAUCAUUACACAAUAAAUAAACACGUUUGAUGUCAUGAGGACAAUGUGCAGAGGAUAAAAUUGAGGAAUGUGAGGAGCUGUGUAAAUUACUUCUAAGACCAUUUGAGCCUCAAACAUAUCCAAUGACUUGUAAGACCAUUUGAGCCAUUAACAUACUAUCUAAGAAGCCUCACAACAAGGAAAGCUUGUUCAGAAAACCAUUAAGGACAUGCAGUAGUCACAUGGUUAUUUGCUUAUUUAUAAUUGAGAGCCUGAAUAUACAUGUAUGCAUAAUAUUGGUGCACAUCACUUAACUUUAACUCAUAGAACAUUUCACUAUGUUUUGUCUUUCUGCCUUAUUUGUGUGGAGUUAGAAACUGGAAUGUCAAAAUUCGGCAAUGCCUAUUCCGCAAUGGUGAAGAUCUUUACAACAUUCCUGAAUCCGCAUUGUGAUCCGGAUCACCACCAAAAUGUAACCGCUUGUUCCUUUUGUCAUGUCUAAGAACUCCAAAAAAUUUCAUCCAAACCCGUUCAGGAUUUUUUAGGUUAUCUUGCUGACAAACAAACCGACAGACAGACAGACAAACCAACACAACUGAAAAUAUAUCCUCCUUGGCGGAGGUAAUUAAGGAUGUGUGAGAACCCUUGGAAGUGCAAGGUCUUCUUCUGGCAUGUGAUGCACACGCGUGUGAGCGUUUUAAAGUCACAGCAUUAACACCUUGUGGGUGGCUUGGUGCUUUCUUUAGUGUGUCACAGCUUUCUUGACCCCCUUGUUGCCAAUGUGAUCCACUUGUGACCGAAAACACAACCUCCUUGGCAGACGUAAUUCAGGAUGUGUGAGUAUGUAGACUGAUGAUCGUUCACCCUUGGAAGUGCAAGGUCAUGUUUUGGCAUGUGAUGCAUACGCAUGUGAGCGUUUUAAAGUCACAGCAUUAACACCUUGUGGGUGGCUUGGUGCUUUUCUUAGUGUCAUAGCUUUCAUAGCAUAGCUUCCACCCCCCACCCCCUAAGACAAGUCACUUCUGAGGGCAAGACCUUAUAGGCCUGUGGUCUCAACACCUUUUUAACAUCUAGUGUCACUAGAUUCACAGGAUUAAACAGGUCAGCUGCCAAAUUCCAAGUAAACUUAAAGGAGCACUCAGCCAAUUUCCAGAGGUGGAAAGAGUACUAAAAUAUUGUACUCAAGUACAAGUACUGUUACUCUGUUGAAAAUGUACUCAAGUACGAGUAAAUUUACCAGUCAAAAAAUCUACUCAAGUAAAAAGUAAAUAAUUUAAAAUGUACUGUGAGUUAAAGUAAAAAGUUACUUUUUAACAAUCAGCAUCUUCUGCCUCUAGAUGUGCAAGGGGUGCACUGGGUUAGAGGAAGAACAGCUAAUGUUGAUCUCCUGUGAGUUAAGUGAAUCUCCAUCGUCAGCCUCCAUGUCAGCUAUCAGAGUUUGAGUGAGAGGUCGCACGCGCCAACUCUUUAUAAACUAGGCUAGAAUUCUAGAGUUUUUUUUUCUUUUUUUACUCAGUAACGCUUGUGCUGUAAAAUGUACCGAAAAGUAGUUUAAAAAGUACAAGUACACAAAAAAGCUACUCAAUUACAGUAGCGCAAGUAAAGUAAUUAGUUACUUUCCACCUCUGCCAAUUUCAAUAUGCUGUUGUAUUGCUCACGCUACCCUUGACUUGUCAGUACCCGGUGAUGCUGCAUUUUUUGUGUCAGCCCUUUCCGAGAUAUGAGUUAUUCUAAUGGGGGCAGCUUUUGUUCACAUUUUAAAAACAUAGGCCUACUUCAAAUAUUUUCCUAAAAGGUAUCGCUGUUUGCUAGUUGUCUGCUGAUGUUGCAUAAUCUUUUGAAUGUUUUUGGGAAUCAUAAAAAAAAAAAACAAUUGUAAACAAACACCUGCCCCCAUUACAAUGAUCAGGAUCUAGGAAAAAGCUGGAAAAAAAAUCUCAGGUACUGACAAGUCCAUGGUAGUAUGAGCAUUACAACUGCAUGUCGAAAUUGGCUGAAGUUACCCUUUAACGAGUUCACUAGAAUGACGGGCAUUUUUCAACACGUUUUAACUUACAACUUAAUAUAUUUCUGUAUAUAUUUUUUAAUUUACUAUUUCAAUGUAGACUUUACUUAACAGCAUUUGGGAAAAAAAUGUUGCAAAUGUUAUUGACUAUAAAUUAAUAAAAGGAACCUGAGCUCAAUUUCACAGGGUUCACAAGCAACAGUUGAGGUGAUGAGAGGGCAGCUGCUGUACAGACUCCCAGGGGGGUGUGAAGGUCUCGUGUCAAGUGCAUCAAUAUGUGUACAAUCACUCACGAAGGAACCUGAGCUGAAUUUCACAGGGUUAUCUUUGUCCUCAAGGAAACAAUGUGGUGCCACUGAGAUGCUGUGAAGGGCCAUGACUCAAGGGGGACGUCAACAAGAGGUUGACAAUACAUCAGUGGGCCCCAUGCUCUGACCUUGCUUUGGUCUACAAAAGUUGACAGCUGUAGCUAUCUUUUGGAACUUGUUGAAUUUCCAAAAUGUUUAAAGGGCACAUAACAUAUAGUGUUUCUCUCCCUUGUCUCAUUGCCAGCAAUAUGACCAUGCAUUUAUCAUUAACAAUCACAGACAAAGGUUUGCAGGAAAAUAAUUAAGAUAUUGUUUUAUUUAACCACCAAUUGCCAAGUACAAAAGUAGAUACAUAUGGUCAUAUAAAUAUAUACAUAUUAUACCUGUAUAUGUCAUUUGUGUAUGUGCCAGUAGAGAUUCAUUGAGCAUAUGCAUUAAGCAAUAGGUCAGCAUUUUGUUCUUGGCUAUGGGAAUGUCCAUAGGGAUUUUAAAAUGGUGCACAGGCUGUGCGUUCCAUCUGACAAUAGCAAACUCCUAGAUAUGGCCUGGGGUUCAAGUGUUGAUACUGCUGAAAUGUCCUGCUGUCCUCUCCCCCACCUGAAUUUGCAUUUACACUUGCUCCCGUCUGUGUCAAUCACCAUAUCAAAAUCAUAUGUCUGGAUGGGAGCCAUUCAGAGGUUUUCCUUUUAUGAAAUGUGGGGAGAGCGGGGCUGACUUGAUGCUCACCUCCAUAUUGGGAUCGACUCUCCCCUAUAAAAGAAGCAAAUCAUUCGUGGCUUUCAGUCGUGGUGGUGGACACAGCAUAGACCAACCCAGAGGUAAGCUGACAUCUACAAUACAUGCUACUGAGGGUCUACCAGGCAGGUAGCUGACAAAUACAUGUAGGUAGGAUAAGAGACAAGUGGAUGAAGGCUAGAAUAAUUAAGGAAAAUAAUAAAGAAAAACUGUAUAUCAAGACAAACGAUACAUAGAGAGACAGACAAACAGACAGAUGGCAUUUUAUGUAAUGAAUUAAACAUUGAAUGGGUUAUUAUAGGCAGGCUGGUUGACAAAAGUAGCAAACACCAUUCAGAUAUCUACCACAUGGUACUGCAUCUCAUCAGGGACCUUGCCUGGUCAUCACCAGACCUAAUCACAAGUGAGAUAAGGUCUGUACUACAGACCUGUGUGCUAUAAAUCCCGUAGGCAGGAGUGUGGUUUACGAUUGACGACGACUGUUUCAGUGGACAUAACGAAUGUGCAUCAUUUGGCAUACGUAGCCCAUAGCCAAUCGUGUCAGUAGUAUCUAUUCAAACAAGCUGCAGUCAUCGCCUUUCCACGCCUCCCUGCUCUCUAAUUGGAGACCAUGAUUAGGAACCCUCGCUGAGAGAUAGAUUCUAUGCUGUCUUUCACAUCGGAACAAUUGUGCAAAGCAGCAUGGGAUUUCUCAGGCUAUCAGGGACCAGAGAAAUAGACACAAUUUGUGCAUAUUGCAGUGGAGAAAGAGCAUUAUUGGACUACUCAACACAGAGCUAAGAAUACUACUGCAUGUGUUUGAUCUUGUCCCUGCAUCUUCUCUAUUCACUUUCAGAAGUAACAUCACAUCAACAUUGCACAUCUGAAGCUUGACUCAAACGAGGUGAUUAACCAUGGGGGAUGCAUUAAUGGAGGAGUUUGGGGCAGCAGCUCCGUUUCUGAGGAAAUCAGAUAUGGAGCGUUUGGAGGCCCAGACUCGCCCCUUUGACAUCAAGAGGGCCUGCUUUGUGGCGGACCCAGAGGUUGAGUAUGUGAAGGGGAUGGUCCAAGCCAGAGAGGGGGACAGAGUCUGUGUGGAAACUGAGUUUGGAAAGACUGUCACCGUGAAGGAGACUGAUGUCCACCAACAGAACCCGCCAAAGUUCGAUAAAAUUGAGGACAUGGCGAUGUUCACCUUCCUGCAUGAGCCUGCUGUGCUGUUUAACCUCAAAGAGCGUUAUGCAGCCUGGAUGAUCUAUACCUACUCUGGGUUGUUCUGUGUCACUGUCAAUCCCUACAAGUGGUUGCCAGUGUACAACCAGGAAGUGGUUCUUGCCUACAGAGGCAAGAAGAGGACUGAAGCUCCUCCUCACAUCUUCUCCAUUUCUGACAAUGCUUACCAAUACAUGCUGUCAGACAGAGAGAACCAGUCUGUCCUUAUCACUGGAGAAUCUGGUGCUGGAAAGACUGUUAACACCAAAAGAGUGAUCCAGUACUUUGCCAGCAUUGCAGCAUCCCCUGGAAAGAAGGAUAAGGUGGAUGAGAAAAAGGGUACCCUGGAGGAUCAAAUCAUCCAGUGUAACCCUGCCCUGGAGGCCUUUGGUAAUGCAAAGACCAUCAGGAAUGACAAUUCGUCCCGAUUCGGUAAAUUCAUCAGAAUCCACUUCGCUGCUAGUGGCAAACUUGCCUCUGCUGAUAUUGAAACAUAUCUUCUGGAGAAGUCUCGUGUCACUUAUCAGCUCAAGGCUGAGAGAGAUUACCACAUCUUCUACCAGAUCCUCUCUCAGAGGAAACCAGAACUGCUAGAGAUGUUGCUGAUCACAAACAACCCCUAUGACUACGCCUUCAUCUCCCAAGGAGAGACUCAAGUAGCAUCUAUUGAUGAUGGGGAUGAACUGCAAGCAACUGAUGAUGCUUUUGAUGUGCUGGGCUUCACUCAAGAGGAGAAGAACGGCAUUUACAAGCUGACUGGUGCCAUUAUGCAUUUUGGCAACACAAAGUUCAAGCAGAAGCAGAGAGAGGAGCAGGCAGAGGCUGACGGAACUGAAGAUGCUGACAAAUAUUCCUACCUCAUGGGCCUGAACUCUGCUGACCUCAUCAAGGCAUUGUGCCACCCAAGGGUUAAAGUAGGAAAUGAGUGGGUCACCAAGGGACAAAAUGUCCAGCAGGUGUACUACUCUAUUGGUGCACUGUCCAAGUCAGUGUAUGAAAAGAUGUUCUUGUGGAUGGUGGUGAGAAUCAACCAACAAUUGGACACCAAACAACCUCGUCAGUACUUCAUUGGUGUGCUGGAUAUUGCUGGAUUUGAGAUCUUUGAUUUCAACACUUUUGAGCAACUGUGCAUCAACUUCACUAAUGAGAAGCUGCAGCAGUUCUUCAACCACCACAUGUUUGUGCUGGAACAAGAGGAGUACAAGAAGGAGGGAAUCGAGUGGACAUUCAUUGACUUUGGCAUGGACUUGGCUGCCUGCAUUGAACUCAUUGAAAAACCCAUGGGUAUCAUGUCCAUCCUUGAAGAGGAGUGCAUGUUCCCCAAGGCCAGUGAUGCCACAUUUAAAGCCAAGCUUUAUGACAACCACUUGGGCAAAAAUGCCUGCUUCCAGAAGCCAAGAAUUGUCAAGGGGAGACCAGAGGCUCAUUUUUCCCUGGUUCACUAUGCUGGCACUGUUGACUACAACAUUGGAAACUGGCUGGUGAAGAACAAGGACCCCCUCAAUGAGACUGUGGUUGGUCUCUACCAGAAGUCAACUGUUAAGAUUUUGGCUAACCUGUUUGCUGGAUAUGCUGGGGCUGAUUCUGCUGCAGAGAGCAAGGAAGGUGGUGGUAAGAAGAAGAAAGGAUCUUCUUUCCAGACUGUGUCAGCCCUGCACAGAGAGAACCUGAACAAGCUGAUGACCAACCUGAGAUCAACUCACCCCCACUUUGUGCGCUGCAUCAUCCCCAACGAGUCCAAGACUCCUGGGGCCAUGGAGAAUCCAUUAGUCAUGCACCAGCUGCGCUGUAAUGGUGUGCUGGAAGGCAUCAGAAUCUGCAGAAAGGGCUUCCCCAACAGGAUACUGUAUGGAGAUUUUAAACAGAGAUACCGUAUCCUCAAUCCAAAUGCCAUCCCCGAGGGACAGUUUAUGGACAACAAAAAGGCGGCAGAAAAACUGCUGGGUUCCUUGGAUAUAGACCAUGAACAGUACAAGCUGGGACAUACAAAGGUGUUCUUCAAGGCUGGUCUGCUGGGAGUUCUUGAAGAGAUGAGAGACGAUCGUCUUGCUCUCAUCAUCACUGGUAUUCAAUCAAGAUGUAGAGGUCUUCUGGCGAGAAUUGAAUUCCAGAAGAUUGUUGAGCGCAGAGACGCACUGCUGGUGAUCCAGUGGAACGUCCGUGCAUUCAUGGGUGUCAAGAAUUGGCCCUGGAUGAAGAUGUACUUCAAGAUCAAGCCCCUGCUGAAAUCAGCUGAGGCUGAGAAGGAGAUGGCCAACAUGAAGGAAGAAUUCAUUAAACUGAAGGAGGCCUAUGCUAAAUCUGAGGCCCGGAGAAAAGAGCUUGAAGAGAAAAUGGUUUCAAUUGUCCAAGAGAAGAAUGACCUACAGCUUCAAGUUCAAACUGAACAAGACAGUCUCUGUGAUGCUGAAGAGCGAUGUGAGGGUUUAAUCAAGAAUAAGAUUCAACUUGAGGCCAAAGCCAAAGAGUUGACUGAGAGACUUGAAGAUGAGGAGGAGAUGAAUUCAGAGUUGACUGCUAAGAAGAGGAAGUUAGAGGAUGAGUGCUCUGAGCUCAAGAAAGACAUUGAUGACUUGGAGCUCACACUGGCUAAAGUGGAAAAGGAGAAACAUGCUACUGAGAACAAGGUUAAAAACCUGACUGAGGAGAUGGCAGCUCUUGAUGAAAUCAUUGCCAAGCUGACCAAGGAGAAGAAAGCUCUUCAAGAGGCUCACCAGCAAACGCUGGAUGACCUUCAGAGUGAGGAGGACAAAGUCAACACUCUGACCAAGGCCAAAACCAAGCUGGAGCAGCAAGUUGAUGAUCUUGAAGGAUCAUUGGAACAGGAGAAGAAACUAAGGAUGGAUCUUGAGAGAGCUAAGAGAAAGCUUGAGGGUGACUUAAAGUUGUCCCAGGAGAAUGUAAUGGAUCUAGAGAAUGACAAACAGCAGAUGGAAGAAAGGCUCAAAAAGAAAGACUUUGAGAUCAGUCAGCUUAAUAGCAAGAUUGAAGAUGAGCAAGCCAUGGCAGCCCAGCUCCAGAAGAAACUGAAGGAACUUCAGGCCCGCAUUGAGGAGCUUGAGGAAGAGCUGGAAGCUGAGCGAGCUGCCCGAGCCAAAGUGGAGAAGCAGCGAGCUGACCUGGCCAGAGAGCUGGAGGAGAUCAGUGAGAGACUGGAGGAGGCUGGAGGUGCCACUGCAGCCCAGCUUGAAAUGAACAAGAAGAGGGAGGCUGAGUUCCAAAAGCUGCGCAGAGACCUUGAAGAGUCAACUCUGCAACAUGAGGCAACUGCUUCCACACUGAGGAAGAAGCACGCCGAUAGCGUAGCUGACCUUGGUGAGCAGAUUGAUAACCUUCAGAGAGUGAAACAGAAGCUUGAGAAGGAGAAAAGUGAACUCCGCCUGGAGCUGGAUGAUGUUGUUUCCAACAUGGAGCAAGUUGCUAAGAACAAGGCAAACUUGGAGAAGAUGUGCAGGACUUUGGAGGAUCAGAUGACUGAAUACAGAACCAAGUUUGAAGAAGGCCAACGCAGCAUCAAUGACUUCACCAUGCAAAAAGCUAAACUUCAAACUGAAAAUGGUGAGCUGGCUCGGCAGAUGGAGGAGAAAGACUCUCUUGUCUCUCAGCUAACUAGAGGCAAGCAGUCAUACACCCAGCAGAUUGAAGACCUUAAGAGACAACUGGAGGAGGAAGUCAAGGCUAAAAAUGCCCUAGCCCAUGCAGUGCAGUCUGCUCGCCAUGACUCUGAUCUCCUAAGAGAGCAAUAUGAGGAGGAGCAGGAGGCCAAGGCUGAGCUGCAGCGCAGUCUCUCCAAGGCUAACUCUGAAGUGGCUCAGUGGAGAACCAAGUACGAGACUGAUGCCAUCCAGAGGACUGAGGAGUUGGAAGAUUCCAAGAAGAAGCUGGCUCAGCGUCUGCAAGAUGCAGAGGAAGCUGUGGAAGCUGUCAAUGCCAAAUGCUCCUCCCUGGAAAAAACUAAGCAUAGACUGCAGAAUGAGAUUGAAGAUCUCAUGGUAGAUGUGGAGCGGUCCAAUUCCGCUGCAGCUGCCCUGGACAAGAAGCAAAGAAACUUUGAUAAGGUCCUGGCUGAGUGGAAGCAGAAAUACGAGGAGUCCCAGACUGAGUUGGAGGGCUCCCAGAAAGAGGCCAGAUCUCUUGGCACUGAGCUCUUUAAACUGAAGAACUCAUAUGAAGAAUCUCUGGAUCACUUGGAGACUAUGAAGAGGGAGAACAAAAACUUGCAAGAGGAGAUUUCUGAUCUCACUGAGCAACUUGGUGAGACCGGAAAGAGCAUCCAUGAACUUGAAAAAUCCAGAAAGACCCUUGAGCAAGAAAAAUCUGAGAUUCAGACUGCUUUGGAGGAAGCAGAGGGCUCCCUAGAGCAUGAGGAGGGGAAGAUCCUUAGAGCUCAGCUGGAGUUCAAUCAAGUCAAAGCUGAUAUUGAACGUAAGCUUGCUGAGAAGGAUGAGGAGAUGGAGCAGGCAAAGAGGAACCAGUCGAGAGUGGUGGACACCCUGCAGAGCUCCCUGGAGUCUGAGACUCGCAGCAGGAAUGAGGCUCUCAGAGUGAAAAAGAAGAUGGAGGGAGACCUCAAUGAGAUGGAGAUCCAGCUUAGCCAAGCCAACAGGCAGGCAGCUGAGGCUCAAAAGCAACUCAAGGGUCUCCAUGGGCAUCUGAAGGAUUCUCAACUGCACCUGGAUGAAUCCCAACGUGCUAAUGAUGAUCUCAAAGAGAACAUUGCCAUUGUGGAGAGACGCAACAAUCUGUUGCAGGCUGAACUGGAUGAGCUGAGAUCCUUGGUGGAGCAGACUGAGAGAGGCAGGAAACUGGCUGAACAGGAGCUGCUUGAUGUCAGCGAAAGAGUGCAGUUGCUCCACUCUCAGAACACCAGCCUUUUAAAUCAAAAGAAGAAGCUGGAGGGUGAUACAUCACAGCUGCAGAAUGAGGUGGAGGAGGCUGUAGGAGAGUCCAGGAAUGCUGAGGAGAAAGCCAAGAAGGCCAUUACUGAUGCUGCUAUGAUGGCAGAGGAGCUGAAGAAGGAGCAGGACACCAGUGCUCACCUGGAGCGCAUGAAGAAGAACAUGGAGCAAACCAUCAAGGACCUGCAGCACCGCCUGGAUGAAGCUGAGCAAAUCGCCAUGAAGGGUGGCAAGAAGCAGAUUCAGAAGUUGGAGUCAAGGGUGAGGGAGCUAGAAUCUGAAGUGGAGAUGGAGCAACGUAAGGCUGGUGACUCUGUUAAAGGGAUCCGUAAAUAUGAGCGUCGCAUCAAGGAGCUCACCUACCAGGUACUAAAGACCACCACUCUACCCCUAAUUAUGAGGAAAUGUGCUUGUCUUUCUAUUUCAUUUCAUUGCAUUGACUUAGGAUCCAGAAGUUUUGACCUACCUUUUUCUCUACAGACUGAGGAGGACAAGAAGAAUCUGCAUCGUCUUCAGGAUCUGGUUGACAAGCUGCAGCUGAAGGUCAAAUCCUACAAGAGAACAGCAGAGGAGGCUGAGGAGCAGGCCAAUGGCACCUUGACCAAGUUCCGCAAACUGCAGCAUGAGCUGGAUGAGGCUGAGGAGAGAGCUGACAUAGCUGAGUCUCAGGUCAACAAGAUGAGAGCCAAGAGCCGUGACACAGGUGGUAAGAAAGGACAAACUGAGGAGUGAAGAUCCUCCUGAAGAUCUCCCAGAUCCUUGAGUUCUGGCAUCCAAGGUUUCUGUAGUGAUGUAGCCAGGCUGCGCCAUCCUAGUGACACAACACCUUCAGCGUUGCUUCUAGUCAGGCCAAGAGCAAUACAAAUAUAGUUUCUGAGCUCUGGAAAAAUCGGUAACUCCUCCCACUUUGCCGGGUAGUUAACAACCAGUGGCAAACCAAGGGAGGUGGGUCAACCAGGCCGUUUGGGAAAUGUAAUUAUGUUCUUUGUCAGACCAAGUCUGAAAGAGAUUUGAAAGUCGAUCAUAAUCAGGCUUGUAGUGAUGUAGAAUAAAUGAACAUGCAACAACCUCUGGCCUCGUUUCAAUUGAUUAUUUUAAGUGAAUGUCUCGGCCUGAACCCAUAAUUUCAAGCAUGUUCAGCUCAAGGUUACACACACUGAACAGUGCAUCUAUCAAUUCAAUAUCAUAAUCAAUUCCAUACAACAACAGUAGGACACAUCUACAACAACAUCAACAAUGAUACAGUGCUGUGCAUAUGUUUUUGCCCCCCUACUGAUUUUUUAAAAACUUUUUUUUUUUUGCACAUUUGACACACGAAACAUUGUCAGAUCAAAUGUUAACAUUAAACAAGGAUGACCCAAGCAAACCUAAAAUGCAGUGUUUCAGUCUAUUUGUUAAGAGAAUAAUGGCAUACAACCUGCAUGAGCCUGUGUGAAAAAGUAAUACCCCCUUGUUAAAUGAAGAGGUAUAUGUGAUUAAUCAUAUUAUUUUGGACAAGUGAACUAUAUUUCAAAGCUGCCCAAGUCUGGCUGUUACCAGGCCUUUCAAAUCAAGAGAUAAUUUGAAUAGAACCUGUUUGACAAUGUGUAGUAGGUCAUAUCAAACCCACUACAUCACACUGUGAUCCAUCAACAUUCAGGAGCAGAUUAUAAAAAAAAUUGAAAUGUCUCAGACUGUAAAAGGUUACAAAGACAUUUCUAAAUCAUUAGGGCAUCUGCAAACCAUGCUGAGAGCC